AUGGCCACUCCAAAGCAAACUCCCAAGCCAAACGAGGGGUUCGAGUUUGUGCCGCACCCCGAACUACUAAUGGCGGCCCGGCACGGCGACUGGGCGCAGCUAGAGCGUCUCCUUUCCAAAGAAGAGGAAGUCGUCGAUGUCGAGCUAUCAUGUACAACCCCAAUCCAGGCAGUCACCCCGGCGCGGGACUCCAUCCUCCAUGUGGUCGCUUCGAGGGGAGACGGCGACGAGUUCCUGAAGAGCGCGACGGUGAUCCAUGGCAAGGCUGGCCACCUGCUCGAUGCCAGGAACAAAAAUGGUGACACGCCCCUCCACUGCGCCGCCCUGGCAGGGUGGGGCAGAAUGGUCGCUCAUCUCAUAGGUCUUGCCAGGAAUGGCGACGGCGGCGACGAGAAGGCGAAGGCGAUGCUAAGGAUGCAGAAUGACAAGGGCGAGACGGUGCUACACCAAGCGGUCCGGGCGGGUAGCAGGGACUUGGUCGGCCGGCUGAUGUCGGAAGACUCACAGCUGGCUCGUGUUCCACCGGGCGAUGGCGCCUCGCCGCUCUAUUUGGCCGUCUCGCUGGGCCAUGACGAUAUUGCACGCCAGCUGCAGGAGAAAGACGAGGCGCUGUCCUACUGUGGACCAGGUGGGCGAAAUGUGUUGCAUGUAGCCGUUCUCAAGGGCGAAGCCAUAGAAAUUUAG